UGCAUAAUUCUAUAUAUUAUACGAAAUUGUGCCAUUAGCUCCAUCACCUCCAUGUAAUGUAAGUACGAUGAUAGAGCAGAUUAUUUAAGAUUAGUUAGCUUGCUUAAUUAGGCAGGACGAUCGAUCAGAUCACAUCCGGUCAUAAAUAAGAAUGGCUUCUCCAGCUGCAGCAGAUGUAUCAAUAAGUAGGCUUGAAAUAAAGGGCAGUGACAAAUACAGAUCCAUCCUUGCAGAAGAAGCCGAAAACAUCCAUUGGAGGCAUGGCGGCCCUCCCAUCUAUGACGACGUUAACAAGCUCUUUGAAGAUGGCAGAACCCAAGUAUGGGCAAAGGGAUCAUUAGAAGAGACGGUUCAAAAUGCAGUGAAGUCGUGGGAAAUGGAGCUUUCUCACAAGACUCGAAUUCAAGAUUUCAAAACUAUUAAUCCAGACAAAUUCAAGCUCUUUGUUAAUGGUAUCUACCUAUUUCAUUUCAUACUUCCGUAAAUAUAGGGAUAAAUUAUUUAAAUAGGAUUAAAAUAUAGUCAAAGUCUACAAAAAGAAUCACUAUUUUCUCUCUCUAAAAUAUGAAAGAUACUCUUCAUACGGUUGACUAUUCAUAAAUAAGAAUAUAUAUACUUGGAUCAUUC